AGGGAAGUCAUUUCAUGAAUAAAAAUCGGAGCGCAACAGUGCAACCAAAUAUUCUGUACUUAAAGGCAAUAGGCAGACAGAUGUGGACAAAGAGGGCUCUCCUAAAACCAUGUUCGGAUAGAUUUUUGCUAACUGCACUUAUAAAUACAAGCAGAAGGCCGGUCUCCGGCAGCAGCAGCAGCAGAAGCCGCAGCUUCAGACCUCAUCGCCUCCUCUUUCUUUCUUCUGCAUCUCUCUCCUCGCCCCCUUCUCUCUCCCUCGGUGUCACGCUCCCUCCUAGUUCUGCGCGUCUACAAACUUUUGAACAGAACACUAGCUCCAGCAAACAAGUCCUCCAGCUCCUCCUGCCGCGGCUGCUCGUUCCUGCGGCUUCUUCUCAGACACCGACGCCAGACGGUGAUGCCUCUCCGGUUGUGACUCCGGCGCAGAAACUUGAAGGAGCCCCUCGCCCGCCGUCCUACUUGGCUGCAGACCCUCUCCCAGCCGCGGGUGGAAGGCCAGGGGCGUUCUCACAGCUGUGUGUCCUCUUUCCCGUCCUGCGCAGAAUGACCAUGUGUAGCGGAGCGGGGUUGGCCCUGCUGGUCUAUGGGAUAAUAAUGCACAGCAGCGUCUACUGCUCACCUGCCGCCGCCGGACUCCUGUUUCCCCGGAUCAGGCCGGAGGACGAGGCGUACGACGGGGACGCAAACCCGCUGCAAGACAUGUACGACUCGGACUCGCCGGGCGCCGGGAGCCCCGCCUCCGCGCUGCACGACGCCUACGCGCUGUACUACCCCGCGCGGAGCAGAGAUGUCGCCCACGGGAUCCUUAAUGAGGCCUACCGCAAAGUGCUGGACCAGCUGUCCGCCAGGAAGUACCUGCAGUCGCUCAUGGCCAAGAGCGUGGGUGGGACCCUGAGCGGCGGCGCGGAGGACGACUCGGAGCCGCUCUCCAAGCGCCACUCGGACGGAAUCUUCACGGACAGCUACAGUCGCUACAGGAAACAAAUGGCUGUCAAGAAAUACUUGGCGGCCGUCCUAGGGAAAAGGUAUAAACAAAGGGUUAAAAACAAAGGACGCAGAAUAGCGUAUUUGUAGCGAUGAGUUACCAGCUACCCUGUGUAUACAACCCUGACACAAUGAAAAGUCGUUUUCCAAACUGACUGAACAGUCAUCGCUCAUGUGUUCUAUCCAAACAUGUAUUUAUGUAUGAAGUAAAGCCAUUAAAUGAAUAUUUUGAUAAUAAUAUUGUUUUUCUUUUUACAAAGCACUAGAGAAUGCACAGAUAUACUUUGUGGACCAAUUAUUGAUAUAUAUUAUAAAUAUAUAAAAAGAGUAUAUAUAUAUAAGUAUAAUAGAGAGCAGUUCAUACAAAGUGUGCACAAGGAUUGAAAAUUCGCCUGAGCUGUUUAUGUUUUUAUAUAAAAUAAAUAGAAAAUAGACAAUCAUUGUUUUGAAUAUUACUCCUAUUUUUGUAAACUGGAAUUAAAAGGAUAGUAUUUUUAUCUGUGACAGGCCUGAAGAUAUUAAUACUGACCAUUUGCUACUGUACAUAAACAAUGAUGCCCUGCUCUGGGGAGAUUUUGAGGUAAUGAUUUGGAGAAUUGCUGAAGGGCAUUCUUUCCCAGGCAGGCUGCUUCAAAUCCCAGCCUAACUCAACUGGGCACUGUCCCCCUGGUUGGGUGGCAAUUCCAAUACUUCUGCUUUCUUUGAUUCUACUUUUACGUGUAUUUGUCUCUCUUCAGACUCUCAGCCCAGAAGGAAAUUUUCCUGAUAAAACAACAGCUCAAUCCAAAUUGUGCUUCUCCCCAGAAUUCUCGUCAGCCAUUCCCUGGGGGAAGAGUUGGGAAUUGUACAAAGAAGGGAGGCUUGGAUAGGAAGCUCUCUUUUCUGUACUUCCCGAUGCUCCAGGGAACCUAAUAUCCCAAGAUUAGGGCAAUUGGAACAAAGUGAAGGAAAUAGAGGCAUAGUGGAAGAGGCAGAGCAUGAGGCAGUAGGAGGAGGACCCUGGAGAGGGGCUGGUUUGAGGAUGCCCCCCAGGGUCUGGGAAGCUGAGGGCAAGUCUAGUUCCACCUGGUCUGCUGCCUGAGUGACUUUGGGGCUGGGUAUUGGAAAUGGAUGCAAAGUACAAUGUGUUUUUCUCCAGUGCUGUCCAUGCUUCUCAUCUUGUGAAAUGGCCAGGACCCUCCCCUUUGAACCCUGCUCUGUACGAGCUACCCCUUUUCUUUGUGGUUUUCUGGAGACCCCUCCUUCCUACCCUCCUGCACUGUUUAAGUACUGUUUACCAUUUUUCAUUCACUUCUCUUAAACUUGUGAAUGCUUCUUACUUUUUUAUUUGGUUGUUUGAUGCAAGCUCUUAUUGUAAAGUUUAGGAACCCCUGUGUAGCUACCAAGUAAUUAUGCACUAAAUAUGAACCUUUUGUUUCUUGUUUAUUGAGUUUGUAGGUAAAAUGUAUUUUUCUACAUUAUGGCUUAUUGCUUAGUAAAAUUUAUUUCAUAAAACCAACCUUUGUCAUAUUAGAAUGUGUAGUGUUCACAUGUUGCUCAGUUUUACUGAUAAAUUAUUUAAACCUCUUCUUCAUAUGUAUGAGUACUAUCUUAUAUCUGUGGUCAAGAGUGAGGUAAGCAAGCUCCAACAGACCCUGAGAAACCUACCCUUGUAUCCUUUCUUGGCUAAAGAAAGCAUGUCUGUUUCCUGUCAACUCAUUGAACAUAUAGAGUAAUCUUUAUAAACAAAAGAACCUUCACCCAGCAACCAGAUCAAGCAACAACAAACCAGCCAGCCAGUCUCCCAAAUUUUAGGCACAAGUUUUUUGGAAAAUAAACAACAAAAUAAAACAAACAAACAAACAAAAAAAAAAAACAAGAAAAAGAUUAAACGUAGCUUGUAAAGUUGAAAGGAUCUUUCUUUUUCCUUUACGGAUUUGAUCAGUAUGAAGUCAUAAAUCAAAGAAAACGGAAUUGGAUUUGCAUUCCCAGGCAGGAUGGAUUCUGCCAGGAGAUCACAUUGCAAACAGUGAAAACAGAGGCAUUCGAUCUGUGCCUGAGUCCUGAGCGCAGGAUCAGUCUCUCUUUAAUUCUGCAGUCUCCUCAGGCAAAGUGACACAGGAUGCAGUUUGCAGCUUUAGUGCCUUUCUUGCCUUUUAAAUCGCCACGAAUCACAGAUGGCUAUUUAGUGGCCCUACAAUGCUGCAACACAUCAGCUUGCAUUUUAGUCUUAAUUAUUUGUUUCUUGGAUAAUGGGCAGAGUUUUCUGUAUUUGUGUCAGCUGUUAGUGGUGAAAUAGGGCUCUAGUUAACCUUUUAUUUAUGAAGUCUAAUUUAGUGUUCCCGUGGCUAGUUGCAAGCAUUUUACAGUGAUCACCCAGUUUAAUCUUUUGUAUACUUUUUAGAAAUGCCAAGAGCCUUACUAAACUGGAGCAAAUUUAUGCUAUAGUGAUAAUUUAGGUAGAUGUUAGUCUUGAAGCUCUUACUUUGUGUGCCACUGAUUAUAAAAACAUCUUAACCAAGUAUUAUUACACACAUGAUAUCUAUAACUAGGACUUUGAUAACUGUUAUAUAAAGUGUGUAAAAUUUGUAUGAAUAAAUUUUUGUAAACAAUGCAA